AUGUUGCUGCUCAGUAAAAGUUCCAACUGCCAAGUCGGAGGUUUUGUUUUGGCAUCCAUAGCAUGGAUCCUUUGUACCAUCUCUGCAGGCCUCCCACAGUGGCGAGUCUGGUACAUAAACGAAACCAUGUUCUCCGAGCCUACCAGAGCCUUUGUUGGGAUGUGGAGAGUCUGCCUUUACCACCAAACCAUCCAACCCAGCAAUGGUAGAAGGUGCCAUGAAUACACCUACCAUGAAAGAUUUAUCCCUUGGGAUAUCCGAGUCAUUCAAUGCUUCUUAAAGAUCUCCAACAUUUGCGGAUUAAUUGGGACAGUUGCCACCGUUUUUGCUCUUCGGAAUGUGCAUACAGGGAGACCACAGAGGAAAAUCCCAUACAAUCCAUUCUUCAUUUCAGCCAUUUUUAACACCAUUGCUAGUGCCUUCAUCUUCCUUGCCGUCUUAUGCAAUUACAUCUCUGUCAUCCACAAAGCAGGAAUUCCCUUCCCAGUAUCUUUCCAGAUACCUUCACAACCACCUAAUCAGAGAGUUGGAAUUGCUAAUGUAGUGGCAAGUAUAGCUGCCCUCAUGUUUUUAGGCAGUGGUGUUAUUUUCUUUUCUUACACUUCUCCUAUGGAAAACCAAGUGUUUCCUGAGAUUUGA